UUAACCGCAGCAGCUUGUGGGACUACUGACUGCAGAUUGGUCGGUACUCUCUAGUUUUGUACCCGGUGUUUCAGACACUCAGUAAAGUUGUUUUAAUAACAGUAUGUAAAGAAGACUGAAGAAUAAAUUUAUUGAACAAGUUGACAUUUUGACCUCUUCUGCUUUCAUUUUUUUACGUCUUAUGUAUGUGUAAUAUGUUAAAGUUGUUAUUUUAGCCAUUGUGUAAAAUCUAAUUAUUAAUAACAGUUUACAUUUUAUACAUGAGCCAUUUAAUAAAAGAAUAAGUAGUUACUAUGUUGUUAAUGAGGCAAUUUCGAACAUGUCAUUUGUGUCAUUGCUUUAAAAUGAUCGCAUCUAAAAAUAUGUCAGUUGCAGUAAAUGAACCAAAUGCUAUACCAGAACAUUUAUGUAAUUUGGCUAAACAGUUAAAUGUAAAAAGUACAGUGUUAUCCAAAGUUAUCAGCAACCAUCAAGAGAAGUUAAAAUUUUACACUGAAUCAAGAUGGCUAGUACUAUUUGAAUAUUUAACUCAGUAUGAUUUUAAAACAUCUGAGCUUUUAGAAAUGAUAGAUUCAAAUCCAGACAUACUAGAUAUAAGUAGACAAGACUUACAAAAAUGUAUGACUGCAUGGACUAAUUUUCGCUUUGAUGACAAAAAAUUAAGACAGCUAAUAAUUUCACAGCCUUCUUGUUUAUUGCUGGACGAUAAGCAAAUUCUAUCCAGAAUCCCUAAACUUUUAUCAUAUGUUGGUAAUAAACAAAAUCGAUUAUUAGAAUUGAUAUCAUAUUCACCGAAUAUUUUGUUUGAUAAUUGGAAGUAUAUAGAGUCUAAAUUAGAUUAUAUAUUGUUAAACAUGGAACUUGGUCCAACUCAAUUCGUUACGACGAGUGUUAUGUCCUCAACACUUUUUGAUUUAAAGUGUAGACAUACUUUUUUGAUAAAACUAGGAAUGUACAAACCUCGAGAUCCAAAGGCUAGUCAAAACCAAAUAACUGGUAAUCCUUCAUUAAAAAAAAUUAUUGAAACUAGUGAUAAGCAAUUUGCUGUUAAAGUUGCGGGAGUUACAGCUGAAGAAUUUUUUGUUUUUAAAAAAUUAUUUAAAAAACAAAUAGAUGAAGAAAAUGAAGAUGAUUCAGAUGAACCUGAAUAUUACAGUGAUGAUAACUGAAUUUAAUAUGAUAUUUAUAAUUUGUAGAAGAUAUUGUAAAACAGUGUGCAUUAAUACACUAAGAUACCUAUUUAAACAUCUAUUGUAAAAAAUCAUUUUAAAUUAAAUUAAAAAAAAAAAAAUUA